AAUAAAAUUCAAGAAAUUUUAGCAACUUUUCAUAAAGAUAAAAUAAAAGAUUCUUUUGACUCUUCUCCUAAACUUAAUAUUGUAAAAUUAGAUGAAAAACAACAAGAAGAAUUUUAUAAUUUUGUUAAUGAAUAUAUUGAUAUCUUUGCUUAA